AUGGUAAAAACAUCAUAUGAGAUAUCUUUACUUUUAGCCAAAAAUAAAAAGCCUUUUUCUGAUGAGGAAAUUAUUAAAGAGGCUUUAUCAAUUUUUGAAAACACACAACUAGCAACAUUUUGGCGAAAAAUUGGUGGCGAGUAUCCAUUAUUAUCAGAAAAAGCCUUGAAAAUACUGAUCCCUUUUUCUACAAGGUACAGGAGUGAAAGUGGAUUUUCAACAAUGGUAACAAUGAAAACAAAAGCAAGAAACCGAUUAAACUUGGAACACAUUUAUGAAACCGUUAAAAACAAUAAAUUAUGA